AAAGUUAAAGAAGAAUAAACCUUUUACACUACAGCUGACCGGACCUCUUGCCUAAAAACAACGACAGAAACAGAAAAUAUCACAAAUAUUAGUUUGAAUUUGUUAUAUUUUAGCGUUUUAAACAAGGGCGACUAUUUGAAGUUGUAAAGCAUGGAGCCGACAGCGCCCAAAAGCAAGCUGAAGAAACUGAGUGAAGACAGUCUCACAAAACAACCAGAGGAGGUCUUUGAUCUUCUGGAAAAACUAGGUGAAGGGUCCUAUGGCAGUGUGUUUAAAGCCAUCCAUAAGGAGUCAGGCCAGGUGGUGGCUAUCAAACAGGUGCCUGUUGAGUCAGACCUCCAGGAGAUCAUCAAGGAGAUAUCCAUCAUGCAGCAGUGUGACAGUCCCUAUGUGGUGAAGUACUAUGGCAGCUACUUUAAGAACACAGACCUGUGGAUAGUGAUGGAGUACUGUGGAGCCGGCUCUGUUUCAGACAUCAUCAGACUACGCAAUAAGACGCUCACAGAGGAUGAGAUAGCCACCAUCCUCAAGUCCACAUUGAAAGGUCUGGAGUAUCUGCAUUUCAUGAGGAAGAUCCACAGAGACAUCAAGGCAGGCAACAUUCUCCUCAACACAGAGGGCCAUGCCAAACUGGCUGACUUUGGAGUAGCGGGACAACUCACGGACACGAUGGCAAAGCGGAACACAGUGAUCGGGACUCCGUUCUGGAUGGCUCCAGAGGUCAUCCAGGAGAUAGGAUAUAACUGUGUGGCAGACAUCUGGUCCCUGGGCAUCACCUCUAUAGAGAUGGCUGAGGGCAAACCUCCCUACGCUGAUAUACAUCCCAUGAGGGCUAUUUUCAUGAUCCCAACCAACCCUCCACCUACGUUCAGGAAGCCUGAGCUGUGGACAGACAACUUCACACACUUUGUAAAGAAAUGUCUGGUGAAGAACCCAGAACAGAGAGCUACAGCCACGCAACUACUACAGCAUCCGUUCAUCACAGCAGCCAAGCCAGUCACCAUCCUGAGAGACCUGAUCACUGAGUCCAUGGAGAUGAAGGCUAAGAGACAACAGGAGCAGCAGAGAGAGCUGGAGGAGGAGGACGACUCUGAAGAGGAGGUGGAAGUGGACUCUCACACCAUGGUGAAGUCUGGGUCAGAGGGGGCUGGAACCAUGAGAGCUACCAGCACCAUGAGUGACGGAGCUCAGACCAUGAUCGAGCACGGCAGUACCAUGUUAGAGGCAGACCUGGGAACCAUGGUCAUCAACAGUGAUGAGGAGGACAACGAUGAAGGCUCAAUGAGGAGACACCCAACCUCCCAGCAGGCCCUGAGACCCUCCUUCAUGGACUACUUUGACAAGCAGGACUCUAAGGUCCAACAGGAGAGCUAUAACCAUAACCGGCAGCAGGAACCAGGCUAUCACAUCAGCCAGGCUAAGGACGUCUUCCCUGACAACUGGAAGGUUCCUCAGGACGGAGACUUUGACUUUCAGCUGAAGAACCUUGACUUUGAGGAGCUGCAGCUGCGUCUGACGGCUCUGGACCCCAUGAUGGAGAGAGAGAUUGAGGAGCUGCGCCAGCGCUACACCGCCAAGAGACAACCCAUCCUCGACGCAAUGGACGCCAAGAAACGCAGACAGCAGAACUUCUGAAGAGCCUGACCUGAGGAACACAUUCUGACCUGGGCCCGUGUUCAUACAGCGUCUCACUUUCCAGAGUGCUGAUCUAGGCUAAGGUCCACUUUCCACGUAAUCUUAUUCCUUAUGAUCUAAAAGGCAGAACUGAUGCUAGAUCAGCACUCUGGCAGCAGAACUGAUGCUAGAUCAGCACUCUGGCUGCAGAACUGCUGAGGACCUUAGAAAAGGAAUUCUGACCUGGUGCUUUCUGUUAAGACCUGACCAAGGGAGAGGAGAGACCUGACCAAGGGAGAGGAGAGACCUGACCGCUGUCUGGAAUUUAAUUCACCCUGCUUCUGUGCUUCUAAAUGUCCCCCAUUUUGUCUCUCAUCACCACCCCAGUAGUCAGUGUAACCUGGAGUUAUCCUAUCUUCCCAUGGCUCUGCUGGCCCUCAGGACUAUUUUAAACAAUUAUUAGCCUCCCCCUCUGUUAAUUAUAAACCUGUAGGUAGCCUUAUACCCCUCUGUUAAUUAUGAACCUGUAGGUAGCCUUAUAUCCCUCUGUUAAUUAUGAACCUGUAGGUAGCCUUAUACCCCUCUGUUAAUUAUGAACCUGUAGGUAGCCUUAUACCCCUCUGUUAAUUAUGAACCUGUAGGUAGCCUUAUACCCCUCUGUUAAUUAUGAACCUGUAGGUAGCCUUAUAUCCCUCUGUUAAUUAUGAACCUGUAGGUAGCCUUAUACCCCUCUGUUAAUUAUGAACCUGUAGGUAGCCUUAUAUCCCUCUGUUAAUUAUGAACCUGUAGGUAGCCUUAUACCCCUCUGUUAAUUAUGAACCUGUAGGUAGCCUUAUACCCCUCUGUUAAUUAUGAACCUGUAGGUAGCCUUAUACCCCUCUGUUAAUUAUGAACCUGUAGGUAGCCUUAUACCCCUCUGUUAAUUAUGAACCUGUAGGUAGCCUUAUACCCCUCUGUUAAUUAUAAACCUGUAGGUAGCCUUAUAUCCCUCUGUUAAUUAUGAACCUGUAGGUAGCCUUAUAUCCCUCUGUUAAUUAUGAACCUGUAGGUAGCCUUAUAUCCCUCUGUUAAUUAUAAACCUGUAGGUAGCCUUAUAUCCCUCUGUUAAUUAUAAACCUGUAGGUAGCCUUAUAUCCCUCUGUUAAUUAUAAACCUGUAGGUAGCCUUAUAUCCCUCUGUUAAUUAUGAACCUGUAGGUAGCCUUAUACCCCUCUGUUAAUUAUGAACCUGUAGGUAGCCUUAUAUCCCUCUGUUAAUUAUGAACCUGUAGGUAGCCUUAUACCCCUCUGUUAAUUAUGAACCUGUAGGUAGCCUUAUAUCCCUCUGUUAAUUAUAAACCUGUAGGUAGCCUUAUACCCCUCUGUUAAUUAUGAACCUGUAGGUAGCCUUAUAUCCCUCUGUUAAUUAUGAACCUGUAGGUAGCCUUAUAUCCCUCUGUUAAUUAUAAACCUGUAGGUAGCCUUAUAUCCCUCUGUUAAUUAUGAACCUGUAGGUAGCCUUAUAUCCCUCUGUUAAUUAUAAACCUGUAGGUAGCCUUAUAUCCCUCUGUUAAUUAUGAACCUGUAGGUAGCCUUAUACCCCUCUGUUAAUUAUGAACCUGUAGGUAGCCUUAUACCCCUCUGUUAAUUAUGAACCUGUAGGUAGCCUUAUACCCCUCUGUUAAUUAUGAACCUGUAGGUAGCCUUAUAUCCCAAAGUAUUAUUGAUUAACAUUUUCUUAAAGAUACGUUUUUCCCCUUUAGAGCAUCCUCUGAUAAACUGUCUGAGUUUAUUUGCCUCUUGGGAAAUGACCAGCGAUAUGGAAAAUAAUGUUAAAGGAGGAUACAACAACGCAUUGUAAACUGCAGACUUUCUACUUGACAAGAAAAGCUAGUUUAUGUUGUUAAGAUGGGGAAGCUUCACCAUCCUUACAUCGGCGUCACUAAGAGGCGUGGUCAUCUCAACGACAGAUGGCAGAUUGGGGGAAGCGGCCAUUGUAGAAAUGGCUGUCGUUUCCAGGUGAUACAAAGAAAACAAUCAUGUGUGAGAAACCAUCUAAAUCGCUAUCAAAUAUAUUUUCAAUAACAACUUUUUUUUACGGCUGUUGAAAGUUGGACGAAACUGAAAGUGAAUUGUUAUCCGGGGUCCUUUGGACGUCCACCAUCAUUGUCCAUGCUAUCCGGUAUCCUUGUACAGUCUGUAGCCAUAACGACAAUUGGUCCUGAGAAUGUAACUCUUAACGUUACCCCAUUGAAGUUGAAAAUGGUCAUGGUCAAGGUUAGGUAAGUGUUAUGGUUUAGGGUAGGGACGUUCCCUGAAAUCCAGAUAGCACUAACCACCAUGUUACAGAGAAAUGGGAUGCGAGGUAGGGGAUUGGAGUUGUUUGGAAUGGAGCCUAGUUGUUGCAGUUCACCGAGAUUCCACACGGAUGGGACAUUCUACAUGUACUGUCGCACCUUCAAUAUAGCCCCACGAUUCAUAUCAGUUCCCCUGUGGUAGUGGCAGCCAGCCUGGGGGAUGAUAGAGUAGUGCAUCGAUGGAAACCCUGUGGUGUGUAUUUGAUACAUCAUGAUGUAAUACUGUAUAUAAUACAACUGUUGAGGUUUGUCAACUACCAAACACUAUCUGGAUGAGAAUAAAUGCCUUAAAAAAAUAUAUAUAUCUUUUUUUAAAGCAAUUAAUUUAUGUGAUCUGAGUGGACAGAAUCUUUUCUCCCAUUAGGAACUCGAUCUGAAAACCUAAUGGAGAGGAUGUGAUCUGAUGUGCACCGAGAAGUUAACCCCUGUUCAUUGGAACGUCUGCCAGUUGUUUAUCCUUUCCUGUUCUGCUUGAUAUUCUGAGCCAGUUGGUUACUAGGUUACUAUAUUACAGGUUUCCCUGUAAUGUUGACACAGGCUUUAGGUUUCCUGUACUCUUAGUGCUUCAUGAGUCUUAACGUGCGCUCACUGUCAUAAGAUUUCCAUACUCUGGGUCUGUCCCAAAUGGAACACUGUCCCCUAUGUAGUGCAUUACUUUUGACCCGGACCCAUAGCUGCUACACAGAGUAUAGGGUGCAUUUGGAACACUGCCUCUGACUGUAUAUUCCCAGAGACAGAGAGCAGCUCCUGUCUGACUGUAUAUUCCCAGAGACAGAGAGCAGCUCCUGUCUGACUGUAUGUUAUUUCUGUGAGUAGUGAUUCUGUAUGACGUUCUGUAGAGAUGGCUGACUCUGUUCCCUGGGAGGUUGAAUAAUAAGGAAGGAAACCACUUGAUGGACAGAGGAGGGAAUCUCCUGUCAGUCAUGUAAUAACGGAUCCUAGUAACUGCUCUUUUACAAGCACAUCAAAGAGUUUUUAUCCAGGUGAUGAUUGAGGGCGUGGUGUGAUAUCUUACAUUGUAGGGUUCAGAAAGAGGCUUCUACAAGGAGUCAAGUCACUUUUAUAUUGAGUAUUUUUAUUAUUGUGGUUAAUUAAUAUUGUUUCCGUGCUUGAUGAGAAUCACUAAACCCAAUAGGACCAGCAUUCCUUUAGGUGGACGGUGAGAGUGAAGGAUGGAUUUACCUUGCAUCGUCCAUUUACUAAAGCUGUUCAGUCCAUUGUCAUAGAAACACAUGAGUUAUUGAAUGUUGUGAAACAUUUCUGGAAGACUUGUUGUGGUCAUGUCAGAUGUCUCUGGGUUCAUGAUGUUUGCCUAAUACUAUGCAUGUUGAUCUUUGCAUCAAUCUGCUGUGUAGUGGGAUAUGUGAUAUACUAUACAGAAUGACAGUACUAUCUGUAUAUAGUACUGUCAUGGUUCACACUUCUCUUCCUCAGCUUUUAACAAACUACUUCACAGUACCAUUACACAACCUAGAAGACCCUUGCCACAGAUGGGAGAUUCCCAUAUAAAGUUUUUGUAAUAAAACUCCUCAGCUUUUAA